GGACAAGGUUAGUCCAAGACUCAAAGGUUUUGACGCUUCUUAUUCUAUAAAUUGCGUUGCCAUGAAGAACUGUUACGGUUACCUCUCCAAAACAAACACCAACAAUGGUUUCCUCCACCAAGGAUCCCCGAGAGGAAGUCCUUGAAGCAUGGUACAUGGAUGAUAGUAAUGAAGAUCAAAGACUUCCCCAUCACAAAGAACCCAAAGAUUUUGUUUCAUUGGACCAACUAGCUGAAAUUGGAGUCCUUAGUUGGCGAUUAGAUGCUGAUAACCAUGAAACAGAUCCGGAGCUAAAAAAGAUCUGCGAGGAACGUGGUUAUACGUACAUGGAUGUUGUUGACAUAUGCCCAGAAAAGUUGCCAAAUUAUGAAGAGAAGAUUAAAAAUUUCUUUGAAGAACACCUUCACACUGAUGAGGAGAUUCGCUUUUGUGUUGCUGGAAGUGGUUAUUUUGAUGUUCGGGAUCACAAUGAUGCUUGGAUUCGUGUAUGGGUAAAGAAAGGAGGAAUGAUCAUCUUACCUGCUGGAAUUUAUCAUCGAUUUACACUGGAUGAGAGCAACUAUAUUAAGGCUUUGCGAUUGUUUGUUGGUGAACCAGUUUGGACUCCAUAUAAUCGUCCUCAUGAUCAUCUUCCUGCAAGAGAGCAAUAUAUCAAGGCUUUUGUGGAAAAAGAUGUUGAUGUUGCCAACCAAGCUGUUGAUAUUGCUGCUGCCUAAGAUGGGAUGAAAAGGACUAAGGUUUUGCUGCUAAAUAAGGAUUGAAGAAAAAUAAUGGGAGUCUUUAGAUAAAGAUACCUCUCUAUAUGUUGUCUGUGUUAUUGUCCCUUUAGCUUUGUUGUUCCACACUAAGUUAAUGUCAGUGUUGUUUUUCUUGCUUCCCCUAUGAAGAUUACAAUGUGUAAGUAUUGUUAUCAUUUAUCAGAACAGGGGACAUAAUAAGCAUAGACAUGAUAGUUUGUUAAUGUAAUAUUAUGAUCUUCUUUGGCUGCAUUUGGAAUUUGGCAUCAAAUGAGAACAAGUUCUAAGAGGGGAGACUUGAA